GUGAAACUCAGUUUGCAAUAAAUUCUGCAAGUGGUAAGAAGUUACACUCCUUGCAAUGGUUCUCCUAGAAUUCGGUCUGGCCCUCCUGGCCAUCGGUUUCCUGGUCUACAAGUGGAGCACCUCCACCUUCAAAACCUUCGAGGAGCGGAAACUGUAUUUUGAAAAGCCGUACCCACUUGUCGGAAAUAUGGCCGGAUCCUUCUUUCAGAGAGCCGGCUUUCAAAAGCAGCUGUCCGAGUUCUACGAUCGCACUCGGGAGCACAAAAUAGUGGGCUUUUUCAAUCUGCGCACGCCCAUGAUCACGCUGAAUGAUCCAGAGCUGAUCAAAAAGGUCUGUGUAAAGGACUUUGAACACUUUCCCAACCACCAGCUCUUCAUUACCUCCAACGAGCGUCUCAUCAACGACAUGCUCAGUGUGAUGAGGGAUCAGCGCUGGAAGCACAUGAGGAACACCUUGACCCCGGUCUUUACGGCGGCCAAGAUGCGCAAUAUGUUCACCCUGAUGAACGAGAGUUUCGCGGAGUGUCUGCAGCACCUGGACACCUCUGCAUCUCUUCCCGGCCAGAAGGGUUUCGAAGUGGACAUGAAGGUUCUGUGCAACAAGCUCUCCAACGACAUCAUUGCCACCACCGCCUUCGGACUCAAAGUGAACUCGUAUAAGAACCCGGAGAAUGAGUUCUACGAUAUCGGGCAGUCACUGGUUUUCUCCCGCGGAAUGCAGUUCUUUAAGUUCAUGAUGGCCUCAAUUAUGCCAAAAAUAUUUAAUUUCCUUGGACUUACAAUCUUUGAAGCAGGAAAAGUUGAGUACUUUGUUCGGCUGGUAGUGGAUGCCAUUAGGUACCGGGAGCAGCAUAAUAUCUCGCGGCCCGACAUGAUCCAGCUUCUGAUGGAGGCCAAGAAGGAGUCGCAGGAUAACUGGACGGAUGAUGAGAUUGUGGCGCAGUGCUUCAUUUUCUUCUUCGCAGCCUUCGAAAACAACUCCAAUUUGAUCUGCACCACCACCUAUGAGCUGCUCCAUAAUCCCGAAGUGCAGGAGCGCUUGUACGAGGAGGUGAAGGAGACCCAGGAGUCUCUGAAGGGCGGUUCCCUCACCUACGAUACCGUACAGAAGAUGACUUACAUGGACAUGGUGAUCUCCGAGUCCCUGCGUAAAUGGACCCUGGCCGCAGCCACCGAUCGUCUCUGCUCCAAGGAUUACACCCUCACGGAUGAGGAUGGCACCAAGGUCUUCGACUUCAAAGUGGGCGACCGCGUCAACAUCCCCAUCUCUGGGCUGCACUUGGACGACCGCUACUUCCCGGAACCCAGAAAGUUUGACCCGGAGCGGUUUAGCGAAGAGCGCAAGGGUGAGUUGGUGCCCUACAGCUAUUUGCCUUUCGGCGUGGGACCUCGGAACUGCAUAGGGAAUCGGUAUGCUUUGAUGCAGGUCAAGGGCUUCCUCUUCAACCUGCUGCUUCACUACAAGAUCGAGGUUUCCCCAAAGACCACCAAAGAUCUGUGGGGCUCUGCACGCGGUUUUAACUUUACCCCCAGAACCGGCUUCUGGAUGCACUUGGUUCCGCGAGAAUAGGAAGACAUGGAUACCAAACAUACUCAGCUAUUUUAAUAUAUACCAUAACGUAUACGAUAACCUACCUUUAAUGCACACUUGUUAUCAUUGCACUGUAAAAUAUAUACCAAUUUGAUAUAUA